AUGCACAUUGUACAUAAUAACAAUUUCAUAUUGAAUUAACUGUUAGCGGUCCGAAAGACUGAAUUAACUGAAACGUCAAACGGGUCCGAUUUUCCAAAAUAUUUUUUUAUUCAGACCAAGAUGAAAUUGUUAACGCAUAAUUUAUUGUCAUCGAAGAGUCUGAAAAACGUCAAAGUUGGAUAUCCACUACGUAUUGUAGUAAGUGUCUUCACUAGCGUGUUAUUAUUAUGAUUAGAAAUUGGUAGGCUCGUUUUAUUUAUUUUUGUUGUUGCCAGGCCAAGGAUGUAAAAAUAUCCGAAAAGGAAUUCAAUAUGGAGUUUGUGACGAAAAUGAUUCCGAAACUUGAUUGGAAAGUAUUAGUUGAAGCUGCUAUACAGGUACAGUUAUCGUCAUUAAUUCCUGUAAAUGAAUAUGUGGCGGCAGGUAUUCGUGUACAUAAGACUUGUUUACUUUUUUAGAUUGGACACGGCAACGGUUUACCAGAACAGUUGGUUGAUGACUACGAAGAGGAUGAAGAUUUACUAAAAAAAAUACACCACAUACUUAUGGAAGUAAGUCUCACUGUCUCAAAUUUAUUUUUAAUGAAAUACUGAUUUGAUUGAGAAAAUUUAGUUUGUCUUGAAUAUUUAAACUUUUUUUUAAAAAACCAGUAGUUUACAGGUAUUGAUUAUUAUUUAAUUUGAAUUUUCCAAAUUAUAGCCUUUUGAAGUUUGAUAAUAUUUUUAGUAAAUAAAUUGUUUAACUGUUUAAGAUAUUUAUUCCAGUAUAAAUUAUAUUUUGCUUAAUAUAUCUAUGUAAAAAGUUUACUCUUUCAAGACUUUUAAACAGUUAUUAAAUUUAUCAAAUUUCGAUUUUUAAAUUUUACUGUUGAUUAACUGUUUCAUUUUAAAAUAUAAAGAAUGUAGUUAUUUUGAUUAAUAUUUUUUUUUAGGUAGAAGUUAUUAAUGGUGAACUUAUAUGCCCAGAAACUGAAAGAAUAUUUCCAAUAUCAUCUGGCAUUCCUAAUUUACUAUUAAAUGAAGAUGAAGUGUCUUAAAUAUAGUAAAAUAUGUAUUACUUACUUUAAUAUUAACUUUAAAAGUUAAAUGUUUUUUAAAACUGUUGACCUGAUCUUUAAUAAACUAAUAAAUUGCUUUUUAGAUACAUAUUUUAAAAAUAUAAAACAUGUCUAAGCAAUAUCAAGUAAAAUUUGUUUUCUACUAUUUUAAUACUAAAAUUGAUAAAAAAGAAAAAAAAAUCAUAAAAGUACAUGACUCAAAUAAUUGAUUAUAUUCACAUCAUUUGCUUAUAAAUGUUAACAUUACAAUUUAUAGUAAAGCUUAAAUGAUAUUAAGGAAAUUGAGCUGUCAAAAAAAAGGAGUCUUCAAUAUUACUUUAUAUUUAUAAUUAUCCAUAAAAUUAUUCGUAUCAUUCGAACAUUUUCUUUUACACUUGGGUUUUAAAGAUAAACUAUAAUAGUAUAAAAGACUAAUAAAUAUAAAUUUAAAUAAUGAAACAAUUUAAUAUUUAAAAAAAUAUUUACUACAUAUAAAUUCAUAAUAAUCAUAGACUAUUUAAAAAUUAAAUUGAUUUGUUUUAUUAAUAAAAUAUGUUUUUUACAUUUAUAAGUUAAAAAAUAAACCAUUUAUACUAUUGAACAAUCAAUUUUAUCACGGUUAUAAGUUUAAAUUUAAGUAUGGUUUAAAUACUUCCACAAUUUUUUUUUUGUCAAUAUAAAGAAACAAAUUAAUUAGUAUUAAAACGCAUUUUGAAAUUGUAUGUGAACAAUUUAGAUAAUUUAGGUCCAUUAUAAAAUCUUAACUUUAUUUUGUGCUAUGUAAUCAUAGUACCUACCUAAUUAUUUAACAUAAGUAAUAAAUACUGAUGAAUAUAUUGGGAAAAAGAAUUGAUUUUUACUAUUAUGCGAAACUUAAAAAUAGUUGUAAUUAACCUAUAUUUAGCAUUAUUAAUAUCAUUGAUUACCGAUUAGCAUCAUAUUUAGAUUUUAAAAAAAAAGUAAAAAAAAAACAAACCACAAAUUAUUUAAAAGGAAACAAUAGAUACAUUUCCAACAGAAAAACUAAUGGCUAAUUAUUUUCCAAUGUCAAAUGACAGGAGGGUAUUUUGCAUACCCAUGGUUUUAAUAUUUUUAUUUAGAUGAUUCUGGUUCUCCAGACUUUUCAUUAUCCGAGUUAUCUUUACUUUGGCCACUCUCUAUAACAUUAUCCAAUGAACUCCAAUCGAAAUCAUUUUUCAUAUCUUCUUCUUGUUGAAUGUUUACACUAGAAUCGUCACCGACAUCUGAAGCAUCAUUUUUUUCUUCAUUUCCAACACCCUAAA